AUGUUUUCAACUAGUGUCCAUAACAAUAAUAGUAAUAAUAAUAUUAGUAAUAAUAAUAAUAAUACCAGCGACAGCAAUAAAGACCAAGGAGCAUCAAGUAAUAAGGAUAACAAGGGUCAAUCAUUAUUAAAAGGAAAAGGACUCGCAAAGGGUCUAUUACUUCAUGAAAACAUUUACACGUUACCCAACUUCUUAACAUUUACACGGUUGCUUUCUGCUCCCUUGAUCGGAUACUGGGUCUUGCAAGGAGAUUAUACCAAUGCUGCCAUCCUUUUUGGUGUUGCCAGUCUCACUGAUGGCCUGGAUGGCUGGAUCGCUCGUCGGUACAAGAUGCAAAGUAUUGUUGGGACGAUAUUGGACCCUAUGGCGGACAAGACAUUGAUGACCAUCUUGACCGUGACCUUGGCAGUCCAAGAAUUGAUUCCUAUUCCGAUUGCAGGCAUCAUCUUGGGUCGAGACGCGGGCUUGGUCUUGGCUAGCUUCUAUUAUCGUUAUAUUUCUUUACCUGAACCCAAGACCAUGAGACGCUAUUGGGAUUUCUCCAUCCCUUCUGCAGAAGUUCAUCCGACCAUGAUCAGUAAAGUCAACACGGUGAUCCAGAUGGCCUAUAUCUGGUUGUCCCUCUUGGCUCCCGUCUUUGAUUUUACUGGGCAUGUAGGGUUGGAAUAUUUGGGAUACACAUGCGCGGCAACUACUUUUUGGAGUGGUGCAUCAUAUGUCUAUUCCAAAGAUGCUGUCAAGAUACUCUACCCACCAAAGAAGUAA